CUCUGAUUGGUCAGAAUGUCAGCGGCACCGAAGCGUGCGGAACAACACACUUUAAUCCUGACAACUUCGUGUUGUUUAGCUGUUGGCUACCGUUUAACCCAUUUAACUGUUUAAUUUAGCGCUGAGGCACAGUUUGAAGGAACACCUCUAACGUUAUUUUCAUGAAGUGUUAACUGACAUUUAAACAUAUUGUGACGGAGGGAGCUGUGCUAGCUUAAAAGGUACAUUCUCCAUUGGAAUCACAGCUAACGCUAUCGUUUUAGCUAACGGCUAACAAGAGCAACACCACCAGGAGACAAGCAUGAACUGCCCCCCCACCAAGCGCCUUCGAGGCCAGGAUGUAGUGUCGACGAUGGCCUUUGAUGACCCGUUUGGGGAUGAUGAGGACUUCACCCAGGACGACUUGAAUGAGAUUGAUACCAUCGCCUCGCAGGCCAUCACUUCAGCUGUCACACCUGGGCUUGGGUCUAAACCAGGGACCAAAGCCAUGGAGCUGGCCCGCGGGUCGGCCCGGCCGCCGUCUACAGGACAGAGCAAACCUGUGUGCAGAGACACAACCAAUCAGAGCAGAGAGAACACGUUUGGGUUCAGCGGCAGCAACAGAGGGAAUUUUGGGAUACCAGGCAGAGAGCCUCUCGGUAACAGGCAGCAGCGGUUUGGGUCGGACACAGACGACAGUCUCCUGGAGGCUCAGCAUGCAGAGCUGAAGAGGAAGCUGAAGGAGGUGGAGGAGGAGAUUGUGUUGAAGAGCGGGGAGAUCCGGGUCCUCAGGGACUCUCUGAAAGGAGCUCAGCAGGAGAAGGAGACCCAGAGGCAAAACCAGAUCCUGCUGGAGACCCAGAAACGGAAAGAGCAUAGCGACAGGGAGAAGGAGCUCAACAGGAAGGUUCAAUCUCUGCAGUCAGAGCUGCAGUUUAAAGAAGCUGAGAUCAAUGAGAUGAAAACCAAGCUGCUCAGUUCAGACAAAAACAAGACCGCCUCUCCUCUGCCUCGCAGCAGUCCUAAAGUGUUGAGCUUUCUCGGCCAGUUGCAUCAUGGGAGCGGUGGCGGGUCCUCCUCUCCAAUGGGAAACGGCUUCAUCACCAAGGAGACGUUUGGAGCCCACGUCCCAUCCAAAAUGACACCAGUGAAGACACGGAGAGACGCAGACCGAGGGUCAUCCAGCAGCAGAUCUGGUGACAGGCAGGACGUGUCCCGCCCAGACCCCUUCCUGUCCGUCAGACCUGCACACCUGCAGCACCGAGGUGGCGUCCUGCUUGGAUUGUUGCUACAGCAGCCUUUGUCUCCCAGCAGCCUCGGCCUGUCUCACCUGCUGUCUAUGAGUCUGACUGACAUCCACCUGACAAGCGGGCUGUCUGCAGGUUUUCUGCUCCGCUCUACUCCUGCAGCCAGCGUCAGUGGCGUUGGAAGCGGAGCUCCCAGAGCUGUUUUGAGUCCGGUCCAGAGUCUGGCUGUAACUGGGCUCAACAAGCUGAGUCAGCACCGACCUGCAGCUGCAGCCAGCAGCAGAAACAAAAGGUCGUGUCCCGGAGCUGUCCUCCUCCUCCCUCUGCUGGACCUUCACCUGUCUCGGCUCUGUCGGGCUCUGGACUCACUCCGCUCCACCUCCGCUGGGAGCAGUGGUUCCAACUCUACUGCUGCCAGCUCGCUCCCAGCAGGCAAUGCUGCUGGACUGGGGAGACUGGAGGAGGCUGGGUUGACUGGUUUUGGCGUGGAGGACACUGGUUUGGCUGCUCUGAGGCUCCUCUACCUGGUGCUGGCCCACAGUGACGAGGUGGUGGAGGCUGUGUUGUCAAACGAGAGUCAGAGCAGAGUUACAGACAUAAAGAAUGAAGACUCUGCUGCAGGUGUGGGUCUGUGCUCCCAGAAUGCCUUGCUGCGAUCAGUGUUGCGGCUGUGUGAAGCGGGGCUAGGCGGCGACGCCGGCGCUCAGAAUGAGGAACUUGUCCUCAAUGCCAUGAAAACCCUGUGUGUCCUCAUUGAGAGGACGCCACACACACACGCCGACAGGUUGCAAUGUGUGUUGCAGGUGGUGUGUGUGUGUUUGUCAGCAGACUGCAGGUGGCAGACGGUGUCGGGGAGUGUGUCUGUCCUCGCGUCCAUGUCCGACCACCAGACACUGGCUCAGCAGCUGUGCUCUCAGCACGACCCAUGUAACUUUCUGAAGUUGUUCCAGUUCAUCAGAACCAGACCGGACAACCAGGCAACACACACAGACUGGAUUCUGCUUGACCUACAGGUGGUUCGUUUGCUGAGCAGACUGAUGACUCAGAGAGCAGAGAGCUGGUCGACCAACCAGCACAGCACCUGUCAAUGUUACACUGAGGUGGUUCAGACGAUGGUGAUUGUUUUCCAUCGUCAGUGGUUGGAUCUUCGUGGUUCUCACGAUGCGACGGACUCAACAGUCCUGGCCCCGCCCCCGCAGCAGUGCCCCUCCCCCUCGUUGCCAUGGUGGCGCGGCCCCGCGGCGUCUCUGCUCAGAGAGUGUGUGCUGCUGCUGCACUGGCUGCUGCUGCAUCACGGCAGCUUCUCAGAGAGCUGCAGGCCGCUGCUGCACAUGUACGACCAGGUGAUCCCCGCUGUACGAGACACGCUGAGGAAGAUCCCCGAGCUGAGCGAGAGCGAGGAGCUGGCGUUGGAGGAGAUCUGCCGCUCUGAGGGCGACGACACCGAUGACAUGGACACUGACUCCUGAUUGGCUGCUGCCACUGACGAGGCACAGUUUACUGACUGUUGAUUGGAUAUUUCAAACGGAGACAGAACACAGACUGAAGUGGGUUUUGGACAAUGAAAUGAAGAGAAAAGUCUGCGUUGUGACUGAAGUGACAGUGAAAUAGAUUUUAUUCUGCCGUCUGAUGAGAUUUAACAAUAAAACAUGAAGGUGAGGAAAAACGGCUGCUGUCAGAGUUCCUGUUCUGUAUGUUGCUUCUUCUUGUCUUUUAAGUUUGGGCCGCUGUCACUUCUCCCUGUGAUUCAAACCUUUAUGCACAAACACUGAGACUCUUUGCUUUCUUAUGGGUGUUUUCUGCAGCACUAUUUCCUCCCUCUGAGCAGAAGGGACUUUAGGAAGUUACUAGUGCCAAGUAUAGAAAUGGUCCGGUACAUAACAUCCUGCACAGAAAGUAGUUUUUACACUUUGUUUUUUGAGAUGACAGUUGAAGACGUGUCUUCAGAGGUUUCUGAACAACAGCUCGUAGUGUUUUCCUCACUGGAGAGCCAGAUGGUCAUGGUUUAAAUAAGAUACAUUUAUUAAUAUGGUGGACAAUUUGACAAACGAUUGCUUUUAACGACACCACA